GCUAAGGCCACCUUACUAUACCUUUGGAUCACCCGCAUUUUGGUUUGCCGUUCUUCGAGUUUUAAGUGGCGUGGCUCCGUCGCGAUGGGGAGGACCCCGCCGGACUCCUUGCCGGGGUCCGAACUUGAAAUUAAUGUCCAGCCCCGUCGCCAUCACCACCACAACCACCCGCCUCCCCUCCCAUCGCCGCCGAGGCCUUACCGGCCGUUCAAGAAAUGGUUUCCGUGGCUCGUUCCUCUCAUUAUCCUUGCCAAUAUUGGUCUCUUUGCAUAUGUAAUGUACGUCAAUGACUGCCCUACAAAUUCUGAGAAAUGCUUCGGAUCGGAUUUCCUUGGCCGGUUUGCGUUCCAAAGCCUCCAUGAAAAUCCCCUGCUUGGGCCCUCUGCUGAUACGCUGCGAAAACUAGGAGCUUUAGAAGUGGAGAAGGUGGUGAAAGAUCAUCAAGUAUGGAGGUUGUUCUCUUGUAUGUGGUUACACGCUGGUGUGUUCCAUGUUGCCGCCAACAUGGUUAGCCUUCUAUGCGUUGGCAUCAGACUUGAACAAGAAUUUGGGUUUGUGAAGAUCGGUUUGCUUUAUAUUCUCUCGGGAGUGGGAGGAAGCUUGGCAUCUGCCCUAUUUGUGAGGAUGACGAUCUCUGUUGGCGCCUCUGGAGCUCUAUUUGGUUUGCUUGGAGCUAUGUUGUCUGAAUUGCUCACAAAUUGGACCAUAUAUGAAAAUAAGCUGUUGGAGUUCUCCCCCAUGUAGAUAACUUUGCUCAUCUCGGGGGAUUUGUGACUGGUUUUUUACUCGGAUUUAUCCUUCUCAUUCGCCCUCAGUUUGGAUAUGUUAAACAAAGAAAUGCUCCACCUGGUUACUUUUUGCCAUCAAGAAAAGCCAAACACAAGGUUUAUCAGUGUGUUCUCCUCAUAUUUGCAUUGAUAAUCCUCAUACUAGGGCUGACUAUUGGUAUGGUAAUGCUACUCCAAGGCGUGGAUGGUAAUGAUCAUUGUUCUUGGUGUCAUUAUUUGAGUUGUUUUCCAACUCCUAUAUGGACUUGUGAUGCACGUUGCUCGUCAAACCAAACCGGAGACCAGUUGAGCUUGACAUGCAUGCUGGACAACAAAAGCAAUAAUUAUUAUUUGUCAAGCGCCAACAACACUGCAUCAGACAUUCAAAAAUUGUGCACACAACUUUGCAGCUGAUAUGUGGAUGUGUAUAUAUGUAAUAUGUGUAUAUGUUCAUUCAUGUGAAUAUACACCACCUUAAUUGGUUGGAUGCAAGGUUGUAAAGCCAUGCCCCAUCCUUAAUUAAUAUAGCAAUUGAAAAAUAUAAAUGUACAUAUAACUAACAAGAAAGAUAGAUAAGACAUUCAAUGUGUAUAUAUUUGAUUUGUAUGUAGCAUGCAUUGCAUGGUGUGACUAGUAAUUGAUGUUAGCUUGGAUGCAUGAGAUAGUAAAACUAAAU